AUGGACUUUGACUUUGCCGUCACUGGCCGAAUGCCUCCGAGCCUGGAGAUCAACGCGGAGCCCACGGACGGCGGUGCAGAUGCAUCGAAACCUCGAGUGCCUCGAUACACUCCUCCGGAUGCUUCGCAGGGCGAAGAGUUGACGGAGCGGCCUGGGCCCAACCAGGAGCGGGCAGAAGGAGACGUGGAGGAGCCUCCAAAGCCUGCGGCUGAAGAGGAGCUAGAGGUGCCGGCACCUGCCUCCAAUUCGGAAGAGCCUUCAUUAGCGGUGCCUCCGGUCGGUCUCGCGGAAGACGACCAGGAUGCAGCAUCUGCUGAAGCGGAAACCGUGUCUGUCGGGCACGAAGCUGUGCGAGACGAGUCGGACGGCGAGGCGUCCCUUGCUAGCUGCGCAGAGGAGAUGCCUCUCCAGGAACUGGAACCUAGCGAUGCAGAGGAGGUCGCCAGUGGCAAGCGACUUGAGACGGCCGAGGAGCAGGACCAGGAUCUUGGUCCCCCAGAAGAGGAGGACGAAGAACUGAAACUCCAGGAGGAGGUGGAAGAGGUGGAAGAGGAGGAAGACCAGGAAGAGGAGGAAGAAGAGGAAGAAGAGGAGGAAGAGGAGGAGGAAGAAGAAGAAGAGGAGGAACUACAAGAAGAGGAGGAAGAAGAAGAGCUGGCUGAUGGCGAGGAGCCGGAGGAAGCAACUGCGACAAAGAGCGCUAAGGAUGCAGAGGACCCGCUGAGCGCAGCGGCGCGGUUUCUGUCUGAAGACGAAGCUCCCAUGAGGUCACGGCAAGAGGAUUUCGCGGCCGGCAACAGACGAGAGAAGCGGCGACAACGCCGGGAGGCCAGGAGGAGCCUCGCUGUGACCCCGGGGGCUCGGGAGGAGGAAGAUAGCGAUGGCCUACGGCCUCGGAAGGGGCGGAAGGGUCGGAGGAGGUCGGAGGACCGUCAAGCGCCCGAGGUGCCUCAGGCGCCUGUGGAGGAUGCGCCAAGACGCGCCAAGCGCGCCGCGAAGCGGGCGGCGAAGGCGGCUGCGGCCAAGGACAGCCACGACUCUGACGAGGCGCGACCGCCCCGCCAUCGAUCUGGUCGACGGUGUGUGUCGGAGCCAGCUAGCGAUGACGAUUUGCGGCCUGGAGCGCCUUCUGGAGAGGAGGCCUCUGGACGCCGUCGACGGCAGAAGACCGGCAAGGGCCGAGUGGCCUAA